GGGUGUGUGUUCGUGUGUGUACAAGCUACGUCCACGUUCCUCAGCAUCCGUGGUUCAUAAAAGACAUGUCCUAACAUUUGCCAUGUAAAUACGUGAACAAUACAACAACAAACACUUCUUUGAUUGAGCAACGCCGAACUGGCUCCGGGCUGACAGAAUCCCACAUUUGUGGGGCUAAUAAAAGCUCAUCAUGGCUUUCAGAAGAAGACCAGGGACCAGAAGUGUUGUUGCAGAGCUCAAUCCACCUGCCUUUAGCACUGUGCCUGAGGGAAGAGAAAAACUCUCUGGAGAUGGAGAUGAUCCAGUUCUUGAGGAAGCCGAGCAUGACAAGCUGGAUUGCCAAACACCCUCACCUACCCCAGCUCGAUACUCUCUAAGCGAUGAAUCUGGGGACGACUCCAUACGAGGAGAAAGCCCUCUUCAGCCGGACAGCAUGGAGGAGGACUCGCUGUCUGAAUAUGAUAAUGUAGGAUCUGGGGACGAGGAAGAAGAGGUGGAGCGAGACUAUGAGGAAGAUGAGGAACUGCAAACCGAAGCAGACAGGAUGACUUACUACGUCCACUGUUGUCCCGAGGAUGAAAGUUACAUGGAAGGAUUGGACUGUCAUGAAGGGGCAGAUGGUGCAGAGUGUCUGAGCACAUCUCGGGACGUCGGGGAGAGUUGCAAACCAAAGGAAGCUUGGGAACACUCAGACACAGGCUUAUGCAAGGGCCAGCAAAAAGAUGCAGCUACGAUGGUUUAUAAACAGCCAGAACCUAUCACUGAAACAACCUUCGUACAAGCCCCGAUGGCUGAGGAUGAGGAGGAUGAAGAAGAAACAGAGGAAGACGUGGAGGAAGAGGACAGCGAAGAAGAAGACAAUGGUGGCUUCUUCCAUUACGAAGGGAAUGAAGCAGAGCUGAACAACAAUGAAAUCCCACAUAUAGACAAUUGUUCUGAUGUCUGUCCUAGAGAUGGCAGAAGUCCUCCUCAAGAGUUCAGUCGUGUUAAAGUGGGUCAAGAAAGUAGAAGGAGCCAGGAUAAUCAAAAAUACUCAAGAGAUAUUCCUCUAGGGUCAAAUUGUACACAGAGAGAUCGAAUGGAAAGGGUUCGGGAUGAGAAUGCUAGUGACUGUCCAAAAGUUUCUGAUGCCCUGGUGGCCAAAGAAUCUAGGAAAGACUCUAGACAAAAUUUCAAGUAUAGAGGACAUCAUUUGGAGACAGCAAACAACAGAGAAACUGCUUACCAGGGCCACAGCGGGGUCACCAAUAAAGGUAAAUCUGCAGAGACAGAGGACAAAGGCACUUGGAAAAAGAGACACUUGCUAAAAUACUCUAUAGAGAAUGGCAGGGGCGGAGAUGAGAACAAUUCUCACAAGCGAAGUAAAAGUCCUGAAAUUUGCAAAAACAGAGCACAGGACCAUCCCAUUUGUAGUCACAAAUCAAAGGGUGGAAAAGAAAGGAAAAGUUCUGGGAAUGUUGAGAAAGCACGGAUUGAGAAUGAGGUUAAGACGAAACUCAUUAUUGCUCCAAACAACUCAGGGAGGACCAAAGUUGUACCUGAUCAGGCAAAAAACAUAAAAGGGGCCCCUGAGAGCCCCAGAGCCUCUUCAGAAUCAUCACGCAAGAGAAACAGUAAACCCAAAGCCCAUGCUUAUACACCUGUACAGUCCCCAGCCAAACAGGUAAACAAAGACUCGGCCAAACCUGUCGAAGAAGAGAAGACAAGGCCUAAUGAGGAACAGGUUUCGCAGAUUACCUCACAGGACAGUAGUCCCGGACCACCAUCUGGACAAAAUAGACCGCAGACCCAGAGAAACCCCUCUUUCCCAAGCUUUGUGGAUAUUCCUGGUCCAUGUGAGCCAGAAGAUCUUAUUAAUGGAAUCAUAUUUGCUGCAAACUACCUCGGCUCUACCCAGCUUCUGUCCGACAGAAACCCAUCUAAAAGCGUACGCAUGAAGCAGGCGCAGGAAGCUGUGGACUGCGUUAAGGCUGUAGAGGUUGAAACGCAGAGCUUGACAGAAAUUGACUUGUUCAUCUCGACUAAAGCCAUCAAGGUGCUCAACGCUGACACACAGGAGACGAUGAUGGACAACGCUCUCCGCACCAUCUCCUACAUCGCAGACAUCGGUAAUGUGGUGGUUCUGAUGGCUCGCAGACGUCUGUCCAACUCCUCGCUCGACUGCACUGAAUCAGGCCUCAACAGUGAUGCAAACCGCAAGCAGUACCGCAUGAUCUGCUACGUCUUUGAGUCUGAGGAUGCGCAGCUCAUCGCUCAGUCCAUCGGUCAGGCGUUCAGCAUGGCCUACCAGGAGUUCCUGAGAGCCAACGGCAUCAACCCCAAAGACCUGAGCCAGAAAGACUACAGCGACAUCCUCAACACACAGGAGAUGUACAACGACGACCUUGUCCACUUCUCCAACUCAGACAACUGUAAACAGCUUCAGCUGGAGAAGCAGAAGGGGGAGAUUUUGGGUGUGGUGAUCGUAGAGUCGGGCUGGGGCUCCAUCCUGCCCACCGUCAUCCUGGCCUGCAUGCUAAACAACGGCCCCGCUGCCCGCUCCGGAAAGCUGAAUGUGGGUGAUCAGAUCAUGGCCGUCAACGACACCAGUCUGGUGGGCCUGCCGCUCGCCGCCUGCCAGGGCAUCAUCAAGGCCCUGAAGAAUCACGUUCAGGUGAAAUUGAGUGUAGUAAGUUGUCCACCUGUUACGACCGUCCUCAUAAAGAGACCAGAUCUGCAAUACCAGCUCGGUUUCAGCGUUCAGAAUGGCAUAAUCUGCAGUCUGAUGCGUGGAGGGAUUGCGGAGAGAGGAGGAGUUCGCGUCGGCCACAGAAUAAUUGAGAUAAAUGGACAGAGUGUGGUUGCAAUGGCGCAUGAGAAAAUCGUCCACGCCCUUUCAGUAUCUGUAGGAGAGAUUAACAUGAAAACUAUGCCCGCCGUCAUGUUCAGAUUGUUAACUGGACAAGAGACUCCCGUGUACAUAUGAGGACUCAAAAAUGGGACUUUUUCAUGCAACUUAAAAAAUGUUUACAGCUUCUUCUGGGGGUAAAAAUAAACAAGCUAAAAGUCUUGCUUCAUGUGGCUUUAGACUGCAUGUAAUUCGCAGAAUUAUUAGAACAAAUGAGUGCUUGUUAAUGCAAUUAACGCAGUCUUUAAUUCUAGACGUUUUAGUUUAUAUACAUUAUAUGUCAAAUACCAUUAUAAGUUCUUCAGCAAUAAUUCUUUCAUUAUAAAAUAUCAUGUAACGACACUUAUGCUGAUGUUAGUUACUGAUGAUCUUAUUGUUCAAGUAGGGCAUUAUUAAUACAUUUUUUUAAGAACAAUACUCAUUUCACAAACGCAAAGGUUAAUAAAUGGUCUGUAGCAUGCUAAAACCCAAAGAUAACUGUUAUUUGCUCAGUAGGCUGUAUUUUUAGCUCUUCAGUGUGUAUUCCUGUGAUCAAUGGAUACUGUACACUGUGAAUGAACCAUUACUGUAGGUUACUAGUUCAGCAUGUUGGAUUCCAAGACUAAAAAUAUACUGAUCGGAA